CGCAGCCCCCAAGAGCCGCCGCCGCCUCUGCUGCUUGGGCUCCGGGCUGGGUGGAGGAAAGGGGUGCCUGGAAUCGAUCCACAUUUCCCGACCUUUUUGCUGGACAUUACGCCCACCUUGGACGCUGCAAGAGGAGCUGUCAGGCCCCGCAGGCUCUGAUUUGGUCCCCUCCGUUUUCCUGUGCUGCUCCCGGCUUCCCUGUGCCUCGGUGGAGUAUUUGCGUUCGGGGCUGGGGCUGGAGGAGGCAGCCACACGCGCGCACACGCACACGUUCAGAGGAGGGCGAGAGGCAGCGGCACAGGCACCAUCUGCAGUGUCAAUGCGGCGCUCCGGCUGAAGGAGGGAAACGCGGCGCUUCCAGCUGUGGAAAAACUGGCACAUUUCUGCAUACAUGCCCUUUGAGUGCAUAGACAGGGAGGUUCCACGUACGCGUAUGGUGGCACAUGGUUUGCAGCAGAAAUAGUGAGCUCCUGCAGCAGUGGAUGCCUCUCAGGCGAGACUGCCCUGCUGCAUCCUGGCCUUCCGAGGGGACAGCUGUGUCCGAGUGCUUCUGUGCUGCGAGGACCCACUUCUGAAAUGAAAGCCAUGCCUUGGAACUGGACUUGUCUGCUCUCCCACCUGCUCAUGGUGGGGAUGGGCUCCUCCACUCUGCUCCCCCGGCAGACUCCCUCACUGUCCCAGAAGCGGUCUUUUGUCACAUUUCGAGGGGAGCCUGCUGAGGGCUUUAAUCACUUGGUGGUGGAUGAGAGGACAGGGCACAUUUACUUGGGGGCUGUCAACCGGAUCUACAAGCUCUCCAGUGACCUGAAGGUCUUGGUGACUCACCAGACAGGGCCAGAUGACGACAACCCCAAGUGCUACCCACCCCGCAUUGUCCAGACCUGCAAUGAGCCCCUGACCAGCACCAACAAUGUCAACAAGAUGCUCCUCAUAGACUACAAGGAGAACAGGCUGAUUGCAUGUGGGAGCCUGUACCAGGGCAUCUGUAAGCUCCUGAGGCUGGAGGACCUUUUCAAGCUGGGGGAGCCCUUUCACAAGAAGGAGCACUACCUGUCAGGGGUUAAUGAGAGUGGCUCAGUUUUUGGGGUGAUCGUCUCCUACAGUAACCUGGAUGACAAACUCUUCAUUGCCACAGCAGUGGAUGGAAAGCCUGAGUAUUUUCCUACCAUCUCUAGCCGGAAGUUGACUAAAAACUCUGAGGCAGAUGGUAUGUUCGCUUAUGUCUUCCAUGAUGAGUUUGUGGCCUCAAUGAUUAAGAUCCCUUCGGACACCUUCACAGUCAUCCCUGAUUUCGAUAUCUAUUAUGUCUAUGGUUUCAGCAGUGGCAACUUUGUAUACUUUUUGACGCUGCAGCCUGAGAUGGUGUCUCCCCCAGGCUCCACAACAAAGGAACAGGUGUACACAUCCAAGCUUGUGAGACUUUGCAAAGAGGACACGGCCUUCAACUCUUAUGUAGAGGUACCCAUUGGCUGUGAGCGCAGUGGGGUUGAGUACCGCUUGCUUCAGGCUGCCUUCCUGUCCAAAGCUGGCGCUGUGCUUGGCAGGACCCUGGGAGUUCAUCCAGAGGAUGACCUCCUCUACACUGUCUUCUCAAAGGGCCAGAAGCGGAAAAUGAAGUCUCUGGAUGAGUCAGCCCUAUGUAUCUUCAUCUUAAAGCAGAUCAAUGACCGCAUUAAGGAGCGGUUACAAUCUUGCUACCGGGGUGAGGGCACACUGGACCUAGCCUGGCUUAAGGUGAAGGACAUCCCCUGCAGCAGUGCGCUCUUAACCAUUGACGAUAAUUUCUGUGGCCUGGAUAUGAAUGCUCCCCUGGGAGUGUCUGAGAUGGUGCGAGGCAUUCCCGUCUUCACGGAGGACAGGGACCGCAUGACUUCCAUCAUCGCAUAUGUCUACAAGAAUCACUCUCUGGCCUUUGUGGGCACCAAGAGCGGCAAGUUGAAGAAGAUCCGAGUGGAUGGGCCCAGGGGCAACGCCCUCCAAUACGAGACUGUGCAGGUAGUAGAUCCUGGUCCAGUCCUUAGGGACAUGGCCUUCUCCAAGGACCACGAACAACUGUACAUCAUGUCAGAAAGGCAGCUCACCAGAGUCCCUGUGGAGUCCUGCAGUCAAUACCGGAGCUGUAGUGAGUGCCUUGGCUCUGGCGAUCCCCACUGUGGCUGGUGUGUGCUGCACAACACGUGUACCCGGAAGGAACGGUGUGAGCGGUCCAGGGAGCCCCGAAGGUUUGCCUCAGAGAUGAAGCAGUGUGUCCGGCUGACAGUUCAUCCCAACAACAUCUCCGUCUCUCAGUACAACGUGCUGCUGGUCCUAGAGACAUACAAUGUCCCAGAGCUGUCAGCGGGUGUCAACUGCACCUUUGAGGACCUGUCAGAGAUGGAUGGGCUGGUGGUAGGCAAUCAAAUCCACUGCUACUCGCCAGCAGCCAAGGAGGUGCCCCGGAUCAUCACGGAAAAUGGGGACCACCAUGUUGUACAGCUGCAACUCAAGUCCAAAGAGACGGGUAUGACCUUUGCCAGCACCAGCUUCGUCUUCUACAACUGCAGCGUCCAUAAUUCGUGCCUGUCCUGCGUGGAGAGCCCAUACCGCUGCCACUGGUGUAAAUACCGGCACGUAUGCACCCACGACCCCAAGACGUGUUCCUUCCAGGAGGGCCGUGUGAAGCUGCCCGAGGACUGCCCCCAGCUGCUGCGAGUGGACAAGAUCCUGGUGCCUGUGGAGGUGAUCAAGCCCAUCACACUGAAGGCCAAGAACCUCCCACAGCCGCAGUCAGGCCAGCGUGGCUACGAGUGCAUCCUGAACAUCCAGGGCAGUGAGCAGCGGGUGCCUGCCCUACGCUUCAAUAGCUCCAGCGUGCAGUGCCAGAACACAUCCUAUUCUUAUGAAGGGAUGGAGAUCAACAACCUGCCUGUGGAGCUGACAGUUGUGUGGAAUGGGCACUUUAACAUCGACAAUCCUGCUCAGAAUAAAGUUCACCUCUACAAGUGUGGGGCCAUGCGUGAGAGCUGUGGGCUGUGUCUCAAAGCUGACCCAGACUUCGAGUGUGGCUGGUGCCAGAACCCAGGCCAGUGCACCCUGCGCCAGCACUGCCCUGCCCAUGAGAGUCGGUGGCUGGAGCUGUCGGGUGCCAACAGCAAGUGCACGAAUCCCCGCAUCACGGAGAUAAUUCCAGUGACAGGCCCCCGGGAAGGGGGCACCAAGGUCACCAUCCGGGGAGAGAACCUGGGCCUGGAAUUCCGGGACAUUGCCUCCCAUGUCAAGGUGGCUGGUGUGGAGUGCAGCCCUUUAGUGGAUGGCUACAUCCCUGCGGAACAGAUCGUGUGUGAGAUGGGGGAGGCCAAGCCCAGCCAGCACGCGGGCUUUGUGGAGAUCUGUGUGGCCCUGUGUCGGCCUGAGUUUAUGGCCCGCUCCUCGCAGCUCUACUACUUCAUGACCCUGACGCUCUUAGACCUAAAGCCCAGCCGGGGGCCCAUGUCUGGGGGCACCCAAGUGACCAUCACGGGCACCAAUCUGAACGCGGGCAGCAACGUGGUGGUGAUGUUUGGAAAGCAGCCCUGCCUCUUCCACAGGCGAUCUCCAUCCUUCAUUGUCUGCAACACCACGUCCUCAAAUGAGGUUCUGGAGAUGAAGGUGACAGUGCAGGUGGACAGGGCCAGGAUCCGCCAGGACCUGGUCUUCCAGUAUGUGGAGGACCCCACCAUUGUUCGCAUUGAGCCAGAGUGGAGUAUUGUCAGUGGAAACACACCCAUUGCUGUCUGGGGCACUCACCUGGACCUCAUUCAGAACCCCCAGAUCCGUGCCAAGCAUGGAGGGAAGGAGCACAUCAAUAUCUGCGAGGUUCUGAAUGCUACCGAGAUGACCUGCCAGGCUCCAGCCCUGGCCCUCGAUCCUGACUACCAGUCAGACCUCACUGAGAGGCCUGAGGAGUUUGGCUUCAUCCUGGACAAUGUCCAAUCUCUGCUCAUCCUCAACAAGACCAAUUUCACCUACUAUCCCAACCCUGUAUUUGAAGCCUUUGGACCCUCGGGUAUCCUGGAACUGAAGCCCGGUACCCCCAUCAUCCUGAAGGGCAAAAACCUGAUCCCACCCGUGGCUGGGGCCAAUGUGAAGCUCAACUACACCGUUCUGGUCGGGGAGAAGCCGUGCACUGUGACUGUGUCGGAUGUGCAGCUGCUCUGCGAGUCCCCCAACCUCAUCGGCAGACACAAAGUGAUGGCCCGUGUUGGUGGCAUGGAGUACUCCCCAGGGAUGGUAUAUAUCGCCCCGGACAGCCCUCUCAGCCUGCCUGCCAUCAUCAGCAUCGCUGUGGCUGGUGGCCUCCUCAUCAUCUUCAUCGUUGCUGUGCUCAUCGCCUACAAACGCAAGUCUCGCGAGAGCGACCUCACGCUGAAGCGGCUGCAGAUGCAGAUGGACAACCUGGAGUCCCGAGUGGCACUGGAGUGCAAGGAAGCUUUUGCCGAGCUGCAGACAGACAUCCAUGAGCUGACCAGUGACCUGGAUGGAGCUGGGAUUCCCUUCCUGGACUACAGGACCUACACCAUGCGGGUGCUGUUCCCGGGAAUUGAAGACCACCCUGUGCUCCGGGACCUAGAGGUUCCUGGGUACCGGCAGGAGCGCGUGGAGAAAGGUCUGAAGCUCUUCGCUCAGCUCAUCAAUAACAAGGUGUUCCUGCUGUCCUUCAUCCGCACACUGGAGUCCCAGCGCAGCUUCUCCAUGCGCGACCGGGGCAACGUGGCCUCACUCAUCAUGACAGUGCUGCAGAGCAAGCUGGAGUACGCCACCGAUGUGCUGAAGCAGCUGCUGGCCGACCUCAUUGACAAGAACCUGGAGAGCAAGAACCACCCCAAGCUGCUGCUCAGGAGGACGGAGUCAGUGGCCGAGAAGAUGUUGACCAACUGGUUCACUUUCCUCCUCUACAAGUUCCUCAAGGAGUGUGCUGGGGAGCCCCUCUUCUCCCUGUUCUGUGCCAUCAAGCAGCAGAUGGAGAAGGGGCCCAUUGACGCCAUCACGGGGGAGGCCCGCUACUCCCUGAGUGAGGACAAGCUCAUCCGGCAGCAGAUCGAGUACAAGACCCUGGUCCUGAGCUGUGUCAGCCCAGACAAUGCCAAUAGUCCCGAGGUUCCAGUGAAGAUCCUCAACUGUGACACCAUCACUCAGGUCAAGGAGAAGAUUCUGGAUGCCAUCUUCAAGAACGUGCCCUGCUCCCACCGGCCCAAGGCUGCAGACAUGGACCUUGAGUGGCGACAAGGAAGUGGGGCAAGGAUGAUCCUGCAAGAUGAAGACAUCACCACCAAAAUUGAGAAUGACUGGAAGAGACUAAACACCCUGGCCCAUUACCAGGUGCCAGAUGGCUCUGUGGUGGCCUUAGUGUCUAAGCAGGUGACAGCCUAUAAUGCAGUGAACAACUCCACAGUCUCCAGGACCUCAGCAAGUAAAUAUGAAAACAUGAUCCGGUACACGGGCAGCCCAGAUAGCCUCCGCUCAAGAACUCCCAUGAUCACUCCUGACCUGGAGAGUGGAGUCAAGAUGUGGCACCUGGUGAAGAAUCACGAGCAUGGGGACCAGAAAGAGGGUGACCGGGGGAGCAAGAUGGUGUCUGAGAUCUAUCUAACUCGGCUACUGGCCACUAAGGGCACACUGCAGAAGUUUGUGGACGACCUCUUUGAGACCAUCUUCAGCACGGCCCACCGCGGCUCCGCCCUGCCACUGGCCAUCAAAUACAUGUUUGACUUCCUAGAUGAGCAGGCUGACAAGCACGGCAUUCAUGACCCCCACGUCCGCCACACUUGGAAGAGUAACUGCCUGCCCCUGAGGUUUUGGGUCAACAUGAUCAAGAACCCACAGUUUGUGUUCGACAUCCACAAGAACAGCAUCACAGACGCCUGCCUCUCUGUAGUGGCUCAGACCUUCAUGGACUCCUGCUCCACAUCAGAGCACCGGUUGGGCAAGGAUUCGCCCUCCAACAAGCUGCUCUAUGCCAAGGACAUCCCCAGCUACAAGAGCUGGGUGGAGAGGUAUUACUCUGACAUCGGGAAGAUGCCAGCCAUCAGUGACCAGGACAUGAAUGCAUACCUGGCUGAGCAGUCCCGGAUGCACAUGAAUGAGUUCAACACUAUGAGUGCACUCUCAGAGAUCUUCUCCUAUGUGGGCAAAUACAGCGAGGAGAUCCUUGGACCCCUGGACCAUGAUGACCAGUGUGGGAAGCAGAAACUGGCCUACAAACUAGAACAAGUCAUAACCCUCAUGAGCUUAGACAGCUGAGAACCAUCCUUCCAGGGCCACCCUGGAGGGAGGGACACACCAAGCCGUGCCUCAGUCUAGAUUAUCAUCUUUACCAAGUGCAAGUUCCGACUGGCAUCAGCAGCAUCCCCUGAGCAGUGCUGUCUCUCUCUCCCCACCCCCUUCUCUGCCUCUCUCUGUCUCUCCCUCCUUCCUGGUACUCUUCUCUUUCAGUUUCUCUGCCAACAUGAUUGGACCAAGCCACCAACCCUCAGUCACUCUUUGGUGGCCACCAGGCCCACAGUGAGGGAUCUGACCAGAAGAUGUCAGAGCGGGCCCUCUUCCAACUGCUUCUGACUCCACACACCAGCAGCAGGGCCCAAAUAUGGAUGAGGAGCUGUGGACAGAGGACAUUUCUAUGCUGCUACUUCACCUUCUUCUUGGAGAGUGAUCCAAAACUUGGCUUAGGGAAGAAACAGUGAGCUCAGUAUUAUCUUCACUGGGAAGAUGUCACCUGGCUCUCCCCCCGCCAUGCUUCUAUCUCCAAGGAGCCAGUCAGUGAUCUGGGUGCUUUGCAACAGUGAGAAGAAAGAUCUCACCUUCCACAUGUAGCUGGAGUGGGGACCACAUGAGGAGUUGGGAAGUGCUCCUUGGGGGUACCUCCUACCUGUUUGCUUGGUGUCUGGAGGCCUCUUGUCCGUUGGAGUCUCCUUGGAGCCCUUAAAGGGGUCCAUAUAGACCUGUCUGCCCAGCUCUUCCCCUGCCUGUGGAAAACAAGACAGGAGAAAAAUAUAGCAGUUCAAUUCCACCAUGGAGACACCCUAACUUCUAAUCUAGCUCAUAGCAGCAGAAGUGUAAGGUGGAGGGGAGAAAAAGAAAGAGUGCUGCAGCUGCCCUAGAAGAAGCAUUUGCUGUUCUCCGUUCACUCCCAAAUCCAACUGCAUAAUCAUAGGUCUAGUUCAUUGCCAGAGCCUGAGUGCUGUCUAGAGAAGGCACCCCCACCUCCUUGUCACCCUUCAUCAAACAUCCAUGAGAAAUGCGAGUGCAUCCAGGAGAUUCUACCUCCAGCCAUCUCCAAGGCUCCAUGCCCACCAUCCUUGAGAACUUCACAGAAGGCUGGGGCAGACAGCCUAGUCUCUGGCCCCCACGCCUGCAGAAUCUGGUGCCAUUGCUAUGCAGAUGACUUUGUCACUGGGCUCUCCAGACCUCCUUGGAACUAUUUCAUCAACAUCUCAGCUGUGUCUUUAGUCAUUCUCCUUCUUCCUCUCUUCAGCAUCAUUGGAAGAAACAUACACAAGCACAGUCACACCAGGGCAAACCAAAUGCCAGCCAGCCUUGGCCCCCAGCUUGUCAUGCCUGGGGAGGACUGGAGAGCCAAGCUGAGGGACUGGCUGGAAAUUAAAGAAGGGACAUACAACUGACUGUGGCCCUGGCAUCCAUCUCUCCAUCUGUCAGGCAAAUGUGUGCUCAGAAAUGGGUCCUGGGUGAGCAGGGGCUAUGGUGAGAUGUGGUCUAGUGGUGGGUCCGAAGAGCCUAUAGUUUGGAAGGGACCUUCUAUGCUGUGUGGAUCCGUAUCCACCAUAAGCAGGAAUCUCUUCUGCCAGGUCUGGUAUGGAAUUGUCCUCCACUUUGGGAAGCAAGGAGAAGGCAGAGUCGAUAAGGAUCUGGCAGUUUUGCCUUCACCCUCUGAGCAUCAGACAUCAUUCUUUGUCAUCCACUCAAAAGGAACCCUAAGUGGGGAAGGAGCCACUCGUUUCCAACAGAGUCCAUGCAGCAUCCUGCACUUUCAAGAACACUAGCUCCUUUGGAUAUGAAUGUGUGUGUGUGUGUGCACAUGCGUGUGAGUGCAUGUGCGACCAUGCGUGUGUAAGUGUGUCUGCCCUAGGAGUAGGCAGAGAGCUCCAAAAGAUUUCUUGUCCCACGUAGAAGGAUGUUGAAGUGUUUCCCUUCUGUGUACCCUGGUUCAUCAAUUCAUCCUGCAGCUUCAGGAUAUUUCAACACUUGCUUUCUAUGCUGAGUGCUGGAGAAGAGGUGAUCCAUCCAUAAAAAUUCAGGGUGGUCACCUGCUGAGGCUGGGACUUUGGUGACCUAGAGCAGAGCGUCACAUGGCAUUGGAGAGGACAAAUGGAAAAGAUACAAGCAACCUAACAAGUAGGAAAAGGAGAAUGAGAAAAGAUGCAUUUAAAAGGAGAAAACAAAUGUAACCAAAGGUUUCGGCAAAUGUGCCAGAUGGAGAAACAUGGAAUUUCUAUCGUUGAUCAUGUUAUUUUCUCCCCAAAAGCCACAGGACCUGAAGGGCAGAAAGAGUGCAUGUGGGAAGCGGGCUGAGGAAUCACCUUGGCCACUAAAAUAUUUUUGCACACAUGAAAGGGUGGGGAAGAGAGACACAAACAUUUAACACAGAUUUGCUGGCUGGAAGCUCCGAGUGAGUGUGUAUGAGUGAAUGCAUUUUGAUUUAUUUUUUAAGUUUUGCACAGUUAGAAAAAAAAAUGAACAAGAAAAAAAAAGACUGUUAUCAUGGUUUUGCUGAAGCUUUUAUUUUUUACCAGAUGAUUAUUAUUGUUACUAUUACGUUGUCGGUACAGGACUUUUCCCCCCAUGUUUUUGUUAUAAACAACACUUCAAACAUCACAGAGAAACCCAAAUGUCAGGAAGAAAAUAGAGGGAAGGACAGACAAGUUUCCUGUCUCUCCUCAUUUCUGCCAGGUGAGGGUUUGGGGCACAUUUUAAUUUAAUUGGUGUUUAAUUUAAUAGGUUGUUUCUGGCACUUUGCCUGAAGUCACUAGGGCCUGUGUGGGGACUGAGAAACUGUUGUCACCCAAAACCAUAACCCAUCUUGCCCCUAAACAUCCUUUUUUUCCUUUUACUGUUUUUUCCCAUUUCUUCCAUUUGACUUGAUGCAAGUGUGAUACGUUUAAAAGCAAAGACAGUCAAUGUAGCCCAAAAUUUCCCCCUCAAAUCUUCUCUCUCAAAUUCCCCUGUGAUUCUCUAGCUCCUCUUGACACAUCAGAGACCCAGAUAGCUCCCAGCGUGUCCUGUGGGGUCCCAGAGGAAGGAGUUAAUGUGGUCAUGUGAAGGGAGCAACUCUCGCACCUCCCUCUGCAUUGGGGUCAAUUUGCAGGGCCCCAGUUCUGUUGUAGGUGAAAACUUUAUCUCACCCCUUGCAUCUGGGCUGUAGGCAGGGGAGAAAAGGGAAUCUCCCUCACUACUCCCUUUACCUUGCUCCUGCACCCUCCUCCUCUUGAGACCACAGGGUCUAAAUGGUACCAUAUCACAUUGUCAAAAACAAUUAAGCUAAGUUAGGCAAGGAUUUUGAAUGUAGAGGUCAGAUGGGUUGAUGUCUGGUAGUGCUGGGGAGCAGGGGAACUCAAUGGGGUCCUGAAUUUAAAUGAAUGGAUAGAGAGAGCAGAGAAAGAUAGCUGUAGCCUAGCCAUCUCUCCUAAGACAUAUGUCCCUUAGGUGUGGGUUUGGCCUUCCUUUGCCCUUCCCAGUACGGCAAGACCCUGACAUUUCUCAGUUAACUGCAAACAGUGACAUUAAGUGAAGUUGGCUGUUGUGUCAAUUACUUCCUCAGAAAAAAACUUUCUUGCUUUCUUUCAAUAUGGCUUUAAAUUUCGGGACAGGGGAUACCCCAAGUGCCCUCCAUGCCAAGGUACCUUACAACUUGUAUAAUAUGCAUAGCCAGAAGAGGCAGCCUUCUGGCUCAGGAUACUUGAGAGGCUUGGGAUAGUUGAAUGGGGCCAUGUCCAGAAAGAGAAGUCCUUUAAAUGAAUCUUGAAGUUUGAGGCUGAAUGUCCAGGACUGCUCCCAGGGAGAAGCUGGAGUUACUUACGGAUAAGAUCUCUCUGUCCUGGUCCGCUUGGCUCACCUCCCACUCCGAGCCCAGGGUCAAUGUCGAUGUACUGCCCCAGUACCUCCCCAGCUCUGGCAUUCCCAGUACUCAGGUGCUCUAUUGAAUGUCUGGCUUCUGACUGUGCCCCGCUCCAGGUGGUGAGUAUCCUCUCUGUUCCUCCUUGUCCCUCUUGUACGUGGAAGUCCAUCAGAAGGCCAUCUGUUACCCCCAGGACAGAAGCAGCUCAGACUUCAGUCCAGCUCUCUGGGCCUGUCCCAGCCCAGUCCUGGCCAACCCACCCACACAAAACUGUCUCUCUCAAUGAAAGGGGCUCCCUUAUCCAGCCAAGGCUUUGCAGGUUCCCAUCAGAGAAACCAUGCAACUUCCACAGUGACAUCCCAAAUGACCUCCACUCCAACCAAUGAGCCUCUGCUGUUGUUUCUAGGCCCCAGACUAUGCUGUCAUCCACCUGGAGCUAGGCAUCUUUCACUUUGGCCUGAAAAGAGAAGUUCCAUUGCCAUCUGUCUUCUUUCACAGGACUGAGGAAACCCUGUCUCUGACUUUGACUUCACAGCAUGCUGGUCAGUGUUUAACCAAGUGAAGAGCCGGUGUUCCCACCAUCAGGAACAACCUUCCCUCUUUCUCACAGGGAAGCAAGGAGGGAGGGGAAGACUGACCUAGGGAGCCACUCUGAAGGCAGAAAGCCCAGAGACACCUGCCUCAUGUCCCUCCCAGGAAUAGCACCUAGGGAGCAGUCCCAGCAAGCUCCUAGAGGCCUCUGAGGGGCAUUUCUUUGGUGAGUGAUCUCCAGGGACACAACAGGCCUGGGUGGUUCACUCCUCUGGCUCCUCUUGGGCCUUUUCUUUUGUUCCUCAUCCAUAUAAAGGCCCUUUAGGACAGGUGACUGGGGCACUCUGACUUCUCCACUCUUUCCAUUUAAAAAGCUAUGGGCUAUUUAUUUGGAGUCUUGUUCAUUAUUAUUUUUCUUUGUAUAUUUUAAGAGUUUGAGAGUAAGAAAGGAGCCUGGGUGUGGGAAUAAAGUCCAAAGGACGGGAGGGAAGGACACCUGUGACUUCAGAAAAGAUGAGGAGAACCUCAAGGGCCAAGGGUAACCUCUCCUAUCGUUAAAAAAAGGAGUCAGGAAAUUCCCCAAUGUAGAUGUGCUAGGGGAAGCUACCUGCCUGGUUGCUAAGACUCUCAGGGCCUGCUCUUUUGACAGAGUGGCCAUUACACCCCUCUUUUCCCUCCUUACCCCAAGGUGUUCUGCACAGAGCCAACUAGAGCCUUACCUCACAAGGGGGCGGCCACAAGAGACCCUGAAGAGACAGCUCCUAAAGGAGGCCAGGACACUACCAGCCUCUUCUCUCAUGGUGCUCUGAGUGGGGUACAGAGCCUUAGCCUGGAUAUCUGACCAUUCUUCCUGUUUAGAAAGUAAUCACUGCAGGAAAAGUUUCAGGCAUUAAGAGAGACUUUUUUCUUUCUUUCUCUUUCUUUCUUUCUUUUUUACUACAAAUCAUUGCUCCCCAAUAAAACUAUCUUUUUAUUAUGGGGAAUGUCCAAGUUUUAAAAAUAUAUAGAAUUUUUUGGUUAUAAAAGUAAUACAUACUCAUUAGAGUCACAAUUAGAUUCCUCAAGUAGACUGAUGACUAGUAGAAAGCAAAUCUAAGAAAAACAAAACAAAAUCAUUAAGGAAAAAAAGAACUUUCUGUUAGUAUUGGCAGAGGUAUAGUGAAGUGGCCCAGGUGGGCUUGAAGCCCUUGGCUGGGGAGUUUCACCUGCCUCUUCUCCCUCCUCCUUGAGCUUAUGUCUUGUCUUGGCUUUCCAAGCUGCCCCUGGAGUUGCUGAAUCCUACAUAUUUCUUAUCAGCUUCCCUCAAGCUACAGGGAAGCCCUGUCUGGGGUACCCGAAUUCUCCCUCCCCAAGAAUGCAAAAGCAAAUAGACUCCGCCUAUGCAGCUCGUUUCCCACUGGUUUCUUUCGUUAGUAUCUUUGAACUUCAACUCAAGCACAUUUUGGAAGGGCUCCCUUUUGAGAGUAGAAUUCAAAACAGAGGAUACAGUUAAAUAGCAACCCAAAAGCCACUUCAGAACCCAAGACCACUUUAGCAGACAGGACUAAUGAACGCUUGCACACACAGAGGACAGUGGGCAUCCAGGCACAGAAUGAAGAUGGACUACAUGUCUUCAUCUGUUCUCCUUCCCACUGCUUUCCUGGAUGUUCUUGUCAGCUUGUUGGCUUGUUAAACCUUCCGUUCUUUGACAGAAAAGCUAGUUUACCUCAAAGAAUCUUGUUUCCAUUUGGAAACUAAUGACUUUGUGCUUUGGGGUGGAUGACCCUCCCCUUCCAUCACCCCCUGCCUGGGCUUGGUGUCCUUGGGCAUGAUUUUGGCUUAGUCCCAUGUUGACUGCUCUGAGUGAGAACAAGGCCUCCAGGCCCUGCAGUGGGAAGAAGGAUUGGAUGCAGAUGCCUUCCUCCCCACUUUAGCUUGUAGGGACUAGCCUCUCUUCCAUCAGGGUCCUGCCAGGUUACCACAGCAACCAACAACUCCAGGGUACCACAAUAGACAACGGCUUAGUGAGCUGAGGUGCAGGGGGAGAGCAGGGGUUCUGGCCUGGUCAGAUGACCCAGAAUGAAACCCCAAAUCCUACAGGGGGAAGAGGAAGAACAGGAAUGGGUGCAUGGGUGUUUUAAGGAACUGCCAGAGGUCUUUCAGUCUCAGAGAGAGGCCACUGAAGGAGGUAGAAGAGGUCAUUUCUGUUCCAGUUACCCUCUUCCUGCCCCACCCCACUUCUGUUCCAAAAUAAAGCUCCCACCUUGAACACUGACCCUUUGUUAGAACACAGCAAAAUAUACCUUUAGACAACAGUGUUAAAAAUGAGCCUCAAAGAUAGGUGGAUGAGACCGAUGUGAAAAAGAGGGUCUUCUGGUUUUGGUUUUUAAAGAAGAGUAUCCUAAUAAGAUUUACAAAAAAAGAUUUUAAAAAAGUUUUUAAAAAGAAAACCUAUGAUAUUUAAAUUGGAGCCCAGUUGUAACUUGGUAAAGGCAAGCUUCUGUACCUUUGUUAUAAUUAAUUGUAUACCUGUGUAUGUAAAUAUAAGGCAUUCCUAUUUUGCAGUUCAGAACAAAAAACUUAUUUGUAAUAUAGAAUAAAGUUUAUUAAAAAAUAA